UCGUGCUAUUACCGCGUCUGCUUCGCUCUAUCUGCUAAGAUACAAACUAGAAACUGAAAUCCGCUUGUUGUUAACUGAACCAUACUCAAACCCAAUCGUUCACACACUUUGCUAAACUGUGUGUUAUUUACUUGUUUUUUUUAGGCUUGCUGUUAUAUUUGUAAGGGUAGCAGUGGACUUUGACUGGCUAUCUUCAACUAUUACCACAGGUUGAAAAGUGUUGCUGUUUGCUUGCGGCUAACACGGCCAAAUUGGAGAAGAUCUGCAGCUCGAUCCAGUGCUCAGAGGAUGGACAGUGAGAUCCAACGAGACGGAAGAGUCCUGGACCUCACCGAUGACGCCUGGAGGGAAGACAGACUGCCGUAUGAAGACGUCACCAUCCCUCUGACUGAAUUGCCUGAGGCUGAGCAGGACAACGGCGGCUCCACCGAGUCUGUGAAAGAACAAGAGAUGAAGUGGACAGACCUCGCCCUGCAGAGCCUGCACGAAAACACACCAAGCACUGGAAGCUGAAAGUCUAAACGGGAAUCCGACUGUAGGACAGAAAAAGAAAGUGGACACUGGAUUCAGAGGCACAUGUGAUGUCUUUUUGCAUUGUAUUGUGUCUUUUGAAUCAUUUGAAUUAUGUUCCAACUAAGCUGAAAGGAUGGAAAAUGUAUUUUGCUUCGCUAUUGGGUUUGUAUUGUAGUCCUUGUAAAUAUGAAUGUCAAACAACAACUUCAUAAUAACAUAAAUGGAAAAGAGUUACAUUCAA